CACUAGUUAACCUUUAUGUAUGAUUUAGAUCGUUGUUUUUUAUUAGAAUUCAGAAAACAUAUUUGUCGAGACAUUUGCCAAAGUUCACAAGUUCAGUAAAUUCUCUAUUUUGCUGUUAGUGUGUAAGAUUAGACUGAAAUUUUUACGAUUUAUAAAAUGUUGAAAACUUUCAGACUUCUUCAGAAUCAAUCUAAUUUAAAAGUGAUUUACAAUGGACAGUACAAUUUUAAUCUACAGAAUAUUAGUAAGAUUCUUACAUGUACUUUUGCUACAAAACCUCGAAGUAAGAUAUGUGAAAAUAUAGGAGAUGCCAUAGCAGAUAUACAGGAUGGAUCAAAACUUUUGGUUGGAGGCUUUGGGUUGUGUGGCAUUCCAGAAAAUUUAAUAGCGGCGUUACUUAAACACAAUGCAAAGGACUUAACAGUAGUUUCGAAUAAUGCAGGAGUCGAUAAAUUUGGCUUAGGCUUACUACUAAAAGAAAAAAAAAUCAAGCGGAUGAUUGCUUCAUACGUUGGGGAAAAUGCCGAGUUUGAAAAACAAUUUCUUUCGGGAGAAUUAGAAGUUGAACUUACACCACAAGGUACACUUGCUGAAAGAAUAAGGGCAGGGGGUGCCGGAAUUCCGGCUUUUUUUACACCUACAGCUUUCGGAACUCUAGUUCAUGAAGGUGGUGCUCCAAUAAAAUACAACAAAGAUGGCAAAAUCGAAAUUGCAAGCAACCAAAGGCAAGCUCAGUUAUUUAAUGGAAAACCUUAUAUCAUGGAGGAGGCCAUCACCGGGGACUUUGCCUUUAUUAAAGCGUGGAAAGCCGAUCCAGCGGGAAAUUUAGUAUUUAGGAAGUCGGCGAGAAAUUUUAACCCUGCGAUGGCCAAGGCAGCUAAAAUCACCAUAGUUGAAGUAGAAGAGAUUGUAGAUUUAGGGGAAAUUGAACCGGAUAACGUUCAUUUGCCGGGAAUUUAUGUGGAUAAAAUCGUCAAGGGAAAGAAGUAUGAGAAGAGGAUAGAAAAAAUAACAGUACAAAAGUUGUCGGAUAGUGUUGAGUCCAUCGUAAAGAAAAAUCCGGCAGCAGAACGUAGGGAAAGGAUUAUUCGAAGGGUAGCACUCGAAUUUAAAGACGGAAUGUAUGCCAAUUUGGGAAUAGGAAUGCCCAUGCUGGCUUCCAACUAUAUCCCGGACAACAUGCAGGUAUUCUUGCAGUCCGAAAAUGGCAUAUUAGGCCUUGGACCGUUUCCUCAUCCCGAUUUCGUCGACCCGGACCUUAUAAACGCGGGCAAAGAGACGGUAACUGUUGUUAGUGGAGCCUCAUUCUUCAGCAGCGAUGAAAGUUUCGCCAUGAUUAGAGGGGGUCACAUCGAUUUGACAAUAUUGGGUGCUAUGGAAGUUUCACAAUAUGGCGAUUUAGCCAAUUGGAUGAUUCCCGGGAAAAUGGUGAAAGGCAUGGGUGGCGCCAUGGACCUUGUGGCAGCCCCUGGGACGAAAGUUGUGGUCUGUAUGGAACAUUCGGCAAAAGACGGCAGUCAUAAGAUUUUAGAAAAUUGCAAUUUACCGCUCACGGGAAAACAGUGUGUUAACAUGAUAAUCACUGAGAAAGCAGUGUUCAAUGUUGACCGUGAAAACGGUUUAACGCUUAUAGAAGUUGCAGAGGGAGUUGGUGUUGAAGACAUUUUGGUAUCGACGGGGUGCAGUUUUCAAGUUGCCGAAAAUCUGAAACCGAUGGGCCAAAUUAAGAUAAAGGAUAAUCUUAAGAACAAAAAUAAGUUAUGCUGAGAUGUGUUUUUUAUAUUCGACUAACAUCCUGGCAAGGAAUAAACACAUUUUAAUCGUUAUUGAAGAACAAUUGGGUAUUCUUUAUAUUUCACAGAGCAACGCAACACAGUUCAUUGUAUAAAGUGUAUUGUUAAUUUUUUAAUAUAUAGUUAUAUGUAUAUCAGUAAACCAUUUAUAUAUUA